CGGGCUUGAAGAGUAAGCCCGAGAAGUAGCGGGCGUCAGAGGGUCGGGGCCCGGGCCGGCUUUUCAGUGAAGAGGUUCGAAGCUUUGGUGGCGGGCGUUGCCAUGACGGCCCAGGGGAGCCUGGUGGCUAACCGAGGCCGGCGCUUCAAGUGGGCCAUUGAGCUGAGCGGGCCUGGAGGAGGCAGCAGGAGCCGAAGCGACCGGGGCGGUGGCCAGGGAGACUCGCUGUACCCUGUGGGCUACUUGGACAAGCAAGUGCCUGAUACCAGCGUGCAAGAGACAGACCGGAUUCUGGUGGAGAAGCGCUGCUGGGACAUCGCCUUGGGUCCCCUGAAACAGAUUCCCAUGAACCUCUUCAUCAUGUACAUGGCAGGCAAUACUAUCUCCAUCUUCCCUACUAUGAUGGUGUGUAUGAUGGCUUGGCGGCCCAUUCAAGCACUUAUGGCCAUUUCAGCCACUUUCAAGAUGCUAGAAAGUUCAAGUCAGAAGUUUCUGCAGGGUUUGGUAUAUCUCAUUGGAAAUCUCAUGGGUUUGGCAUUGGCUGUUUAUAAGUGCCAGUCAAUGGGACUGUUGCCUACACAUGCAUCAGAUUGGUUAGCCUUCAUUGAGCCCCCGGAGAGGAUGGAGUUCAGUGGUGGAGGACUGCUUCUGUGAACCUGAGAGAGAAGUACCCGGUGCCUGUAUUUUGGGAUCUUAUUUACCACCUUUUUUUAUGCCCAGGGGCUCCUUCUCGGCAUACUAGCUCUUAACCUGACCAUUCAGGCCGACAAGAACCCAAAGCUCUCUUUUCUUCAUGGUGAGCCCCAGAAAGACAAGUGUAUAUCACUACAAACACAAAGAAACCAUACCACAACCCUUGAUUGAAAAUAAUGUAGAAAACUUUAUUUAUGUUUCCAGUACAGAGCAAAACAACAAAUAAAACUGUAACUCUAUGUAAACACAAGAAUGGCUGCUGCUAAAUCAAGAACCAUGGCAGCAGCUCCUUUCAAUAAAUUAAACGGUAAAGAACAAUGCUUAAAAAAAAGUU